UUUCUUUCCUUCCGUGCAGAUUAUAUGAACAUUAGUCAGAUAGGUCAGCAAAAUAUCAAUACAUCAAAUGACAAGAGUAAAGUCUAUGCUCAACCUAUAAUUAAUGUUCUCCGUUCUUGGUUUAUCAGAUCGUAAUACUUUCAAUGCCAUUAACAUCUACCCGCUCCAAGGUUUUGGUCUAUAAACGGUCUUCAGCAGUAUGACGAUCCAUACCUAAUGUAAUGUGACGAUGAUAUCUAAACUUUUCUCUUGAUACAAGCGUAAUUAUCAGAGUUAAAAACGAUUUUUCCUGCUAUUUUCAUACACCGUUGGGAAUGCUCAGCUUGUUGAAAUGCAACAGGCCCUAGUAUCCUAAGGGACGGCCUUUUUGCAUAAUUUUUUUUUUUAAUAUACUCUCAUGGGGGCGGGGACAAAAGUUUUUUUUUUUUUUUUUUCCUUCUUGUCAAAACUUUUCUGAAAAUGCUUAGAUCGUUAACAUUGAAAACUACUCAACCAAAGUUUAACUUUGCUAGACUGUUCACAACUGAACAAGAAGGUAACUGGGCUCCCAAAAAGCGUGUGUCCCGACCUACGAUGGAAAAGAUUCGUGCUUUAGCUGCUGCUGAUCCUGAAGUGUACGAUAUUGUCAAAUUGUCCAAGGAAUUCACUUUAUCUGUCGAGGGUAUUCGUCGUAUCUUGAAGAGCAAUUAUGUUCCUGAAGGAGAAGUAGCUGAACGUCAAGAAAGAAACCGUUAUGAAGCCAUGGGUGAGCGUAGACGGGAUUUCAAGACAAACCAUCCUGAAGAAUAUAAAAAGACAGAUGCUUGGAAGAAGGAAGAAGUACAGGAUAUCUCUACAGCCAAGAAGUCCAGUAACUGGACCAACGAUACUUACAUGAAGAGAAAUAGCAGUGAUUGGAAGAAGGUGUCAGAUGCCGCUGCAUGGUCUGACAAGGACCAUGACCCCGCGUCGUCUUUCUCGGGUGAACGCAGAUCUUUCAACAGAGAAGGCACUAAUGAACGCAGAUCUUUCAAUAGAGACGGCGCUAAUGAACGCAGACCUUUCAACAGAGAGGGUGGCGAACGUAGAUCUUUUAACAGAGAGGGUGGGGAGCGUAGAUCUUUCAAUAGAGACGGUGGCGAACGUCGAUCUUUCGAUAGAGAGGGUGAAAGAAAGCCUUACUUCAAGAGAGACGAUUCAGAAGGCAAUCCCUUCUUUAAAAGAGAGGACGGUGAGAGAUCUUUCAAUCGCGGUGGCGAUGGCGAAAGAAGACCUUUCUUUAAGAGGGAUGAUGGCGAGAGAUCGUUCAAUCGUAAAGAUGAUGGAGAAAGAUCGUUCAACCGAGGUGGUGAUGGGGAGAGAAAACCAUUUUUCAAGAGAGAAGAAGGAGAGAGAACGUUCAAUAGAAGAGACGAUGGCGAGAGAAAGCCCUUUUUCAAGAGAGAUGGAGAGAGAUCGUUUAAUAGAAGAGAUGGUGGCGAAAGAUCGUUUAAUAGCAGAGAUGGUGGUGAGAGAUCGUUUAAUAGAAGAGACGAUGGAGAGAGAAAACCUUUCUUCAAAAGAGAUGGUGAGGAAAGAAGCUUUGGCAGAGAUUUUAACGGCGAUAGACCUCGUAGAUCAUUUGGUGGUGAUGGCGAUAGACGCCGAUCUUUUGGUGAGGGAGGAGAUAGACCUCGUAGAUCAUUUGGAGAGGGAGAUAAACCUCGCAGAUCAUUUGGCGAAGGAGAUAGAACCGAGAGAAGUUACUCUCGUGAGGAUAGAUCAGCUGGAGAAGAUAAGCCUGCAAGAGAUGUGCAGUCAACAGCCGCUGAAACAACAUCCAAUAAAUCAGAUUAAAAUGGACCAAUAAAAAAGCAUCCUAUUUUUUUUUUAAACGCGCGUCCAAAUUGCGAUAUUUUAUUUUUUUUAAUUUUUUGGGGGAGGAUUAUUUUAAAUCAUGAAAAAGAGGUGGGGAGGAUAUAAAAUUAAGAGAGUGAUUUUACUUGAGAGCAGCCUUCUCAUCUUCAUAACGUUGCUUGUCCUUUUCAGCCUUUUCAUGGAAAGGCUAGUAAU